GAAAAUUUUCCUCUAAUUUUUUGCAUUAUUAUUUUUCGUAAACAAUGUCUGAGCCUUCCGCCACCUCUCACCUACCCCGCGAGCCGCAACCACCAAACGAACCCGACGACCCGCAAUCCCACCCAACCCCCCUCCUCGAUCCCCUCACCCACUGGUGCGCCAACCAAAACUGCAACCCCUUCGCGCCCGAUCCUCUCGAUCCCCGGAGCUCCUCCGAUUGCGACUGGUUCUCCGACGUCGCCUCCGAUUCGGACCAUGACGUCAGCUGCUUCGUCACCGAUCUCUUCGACCGCCGCAGCUCUGAGCAGCAGCCCAAGACCGACGGCGUCGUCGAUUCGGGUUCGCGGUCGGAUCCGGUUGCGACCGAAUUGGAAAUUGGGGGUCUUGAGGAUGGCGACGAGACGGAGUCGAAUUUAGCGUUUGGGUCAAAUUCUCAGCGAUUGGGUUCUGAAUUGGGGGAGUUUAUAAGCCUGUCGGGAGCUGACUCGCGAGCUGGUGGGCUUCGGAUUGUUGGGCUGGAAUCUGAAUCAGAUUCGGAUUCCGGUUCUAUCGAUGACAUAGAAAGUAAUCGGAUCACCGAUUCGGGUAUCCAGUCAAUUUGGGAUAAUCUCUUCUUGAUGGAGCAGAGGAGUAUGCUUGAAAGUUCCGAAUCGAUCCAGACUAGUCCGGUCAACGGCGGAGUGGAAGAGCUGUCGGUGACCUCUGGGUUUUCCACUGAAGAAGAAGAGGUUCCGGAAGGAGCGGCACGGAGCCUGGAGUGGGAAAUUCUCUUGACAGUCAACAAUUUUCGGAGGUUCGCCGAUGAUGACGAUCUUGACUUGGAGACUGCAGAGUACAUCAACACGAUUUUCGGGCAGUUCGUGGAGAAUGCCAAUGCAAUGAAAGGUAGUCCUCCGGCGGCUUUAAGUGUGGUUGAGGAUCUUCCAUCUGUUGAGUUUACAGUGGAACAAUUGAAGAAAGAAGAAGCGGUUUGUGCUGUUUGUAAAGACAACAUCUUGGUGGAGGAUAAAGUCAGGAGCUUGCCCUGUUGCCAUUACUACCAUCAGGACUGCAUUGUGCCGUGGUUGGGCAUUCGGAAUACAUGCCCUGUUUGUCGGUAUGAGCUUCCCACGGAUGAUCCAGAUUACGAAAGAAACAAGUGUGAAAGCGCUGCUCGAGGCGAGCCAGGGGAUUCACAGUUGGAUAUAUGCUGUUUUCAGUUGCUGCACCCCUACAACUUGACCACGAUCCAUGCGGGAACGCUCAGCAUUGACAUCAUGACCGUGCGGUGAACUGGCUCCUGGGCUACUUGGUGAACAGUCGUGCUGUGAUUGUUCAGUAUCUUUUGUACGUGAAGAUAACCGAGUCGGGCAAUCUUUCCCAGAGUCUUCUUUAGCAGCAAAUCCCUCACGAGGUUGGCCACCCACAUCAGA